AUGUCAACCAGAAAGCAAAACAGUCCCUUUCGCCACAGUCCGUCGCGCCCUGGAGAAGCUGUCACAACCAAGUCACGCCAGUUAAUCAUAUUGCCCGGAACCAAGCUUGAUCGCACACGUCCACGUGUCAUGCUUCUCGCGGCCUGCCUCGUCUAUCUCACUACCACCCUUUUCGCCUUCCAGAUCAGUGUCGCCAGCGUCCUCAACUUGACUUCACCAGAGUAUGAGCGAUUCAAUGACCAGCUUCAAGCGCAUUCGAGUGCCUUGCGCAAAGAGCAGAUCGUCUACAGCCGUCUAGACAAUGUUCUCUCUAGUGAGCUGAACCGCAGUUUCAUGGAGACUCACGAAGAUUGCCUUGUUCGUGGGCUCGAGAGAGCAAAUCACGAACUCAUCGGUCUUGGGUUCCGGUAUCCUGAUGUCCGUGAGCAGGUCAUGGAGUGGACGAUGGAGAAUUGUGGUAGAUUGCAGUACGCACCACAGGUUGUGAAUGAAGCACCGACUCCACAAGAAGCCGCCUUGACAUAUUGGGCGAGUUUGAGCUAUCGUGCUCGCCGAAUUGCUAAGAAAACUCUCGUACUUGUCAAGCAGAAGCUUGGUUGGGUUCUCGGCCGACUUCUGGACUCUAGUCAGCAUGAAGACGUUUCUCCUCGUAUUGACCACGCGGUCACCGAACAAGACAUGAGCACUAAUGACACUGUCUCUUCCGAGCGUGUUCUACCCCAAAUCCCGUUUGGAUUCGUUCUGCAAUGUCAACCGGACCGGCCUUGCCGUCUCUCCUACUCAGCUGGUUCCACCGCGGAUUUUCAAGAGUUGCACAUUUCGCCAGAAACUCUCAAGAAACUUGAGCAAAGGACAGCAGAACUAUUUGCUUUCAACACCAUACUCGAUCAAGUGAGAUCAAUCAUCUCUCAAGCACUACGUGUAGUGGUCUAUCUUGAGAUAUUCCUUCUGAGUCUCUCCGUCAUUACGUUCAUCUACAGUCUAAGUAUCAAGACUGAUCUGUCGUAUUCUCACCCCGCAACGGAAGCCACCUACCUAAUCAAAUCCAUGAUGAUAGAACAUCUCUCCGCAGCAGCAGCAUUCAUGCUCGACAAGUACCCAGGUAUCUUUCCCAACAUACGAUCCGCUCUAGUCUUCGCCUUUAUCAUAACAACCCUCGGCUUAAGCAUGGUCUUGAAGUUCCUCAUCUCCAGAUCACAACUAGAGACUAUCUCCAACAUCCUCCAGUCGCUGCAAGACAUCUACCUGAUCCUCAGAAACCGUGACAUCCCAGGCGAUGAAUACACUUCCGAAAUCGGUGAUGAGGGCAACACGGGUACCGAAGAUAAAAUCCCGAAUCCCGAAUCCACUUCACGAAAAAACAAAGCAAUCGCCGCUUCGCCGAUCCCCCGCUCGCCAUUGAAACCCCAUCACCGCUUCGCCGACCCAACAACAACUGUGCAAGAAGAUAUUGGACGCUCCCGCGAAUUGCUCCGCCAAGAACGUACAGAGCAGCAGAUAGCCAACGAACGUACUGAGGGAGACGCAGGUUUCGAUACCGACACGGAGUCCGAAAGUGAUACAUUCAUCCAUAUCGCUAUUGACGCAGCGCAUCAAGUUAGUAUCUCUGAUGAACCGGCGUGGUGA